GCAGAGACGCUCACCCGACCGACGCCCAAGACACCCAUCGCUCACCGCGUCGCGACGACCCCCCCGCAACACCCCGCAACGCCAUGCUGUCCCUGUCCUGAUCCCGGCCCCCGUUCGACCCCCGUGUUCGUCCCUUCGUCGCGAGUGAUUACAUGAUCCGUCCCUCCGAGCCCCCCUCUCCCUAAGCAGUGCUUUGUGGAAAUUCUGUGAUCCCACCUUUUGCUCAGGCCAGGACGUUUGUGUUCGUGCGUUAGCUCCGUUGAGGAUUUCCGUAGCUGGAUACCGAUCACACAUCAAUAUGGUCCGGAAAAAAGAAUUCAGCACAUUAAACGCGUGGCCAUGGUUGAUCGUAAUUCUUUGUCUUCAAUUUAUUCAAACACUAGGUCGAGCAGCUUUUGAAAAACUAACAGAGUUGGAUUACAGGGGAAAUACCUACUAUACGGUGAAAAACCUUUCAUUGUACGAGUGUCAAGGCUGGUGCAGGGAGGAGCCUGAUUGCCAAGCUGCAUCCUUCAGUUUUGUUCUGAAUCCUUUAACUCCGGUUCAAGAAACUUUGUGCCAAUUGCAAAACGAGACGUCGGCGAACAAUCCAGCGGCGACGCCCCAGCGUUCAGUCAACCUCUAUUACAUGGUCAAAAUUCAGAUUAGAUCAGAAAAUGUCUGCUUGAGACCAUGGGCCUUUGAGCGGGUACCGAAUAAAAUGAUUCGUGGACUUGAUAAUGCUUUGAUCUACACGUCGACCAAAGAAGCCUGUUUAGCCGCGUGUCUUAACGAGCACCGUUUCACGUGCAGAUCAGUCGAAUAUAACUACGUGACGCUGCAAUGUCAUCUCAGCGACUCGGAUAGGCGGACCACCGGUCAGUACGUGCAGUUUGUGGACGCACAAGGCAUUGACUACUUCGAGAAUCUCUGCCUGAAAGGGAAUCAGGCCUGCAAGUCCACCCGCGUUUUCCAGGUGCCUAGGAUAGGGGUGACAGAGGACAAGGUCGCUCAGUAUGCAAGUUUGCAUUACUACGUGGACAAAGAACUUCAGGUAACGAGCGAGGCCGCCUGUCGGUUGGCCUGCGAAAUCGAAAACGAAUUCCUGUGCCGGUCGUUCCUGUACAAAGGCGCUCCCGUCGGCACGUCCUACAACUGUCAGCUCUUCCAUCUGGACCACAAGACUUUGCCCGACGGCCCCUCGACUUUCCUCAACGCCGAGCGACCCUUGAUCGACGACGGACAGAGGGUCGGAUCUUAUUUCGAGAACUACUGUGAAAAAUCGUUAGGUGCUGCCCAUGAAACGAUACCAGUAGUAUUUGAAACUACAGACGACCCAACGCUGAGUAAUCUGACCAGAACAGACAUCAACUGCGAUAAAACUGGCACAUGCUAUGACGUUUCUGUUCAUUGCAAAGACACAAGAAUAGCAGUGCAAGUACGAACGAAUAAGCCAUUCAAUGGGAGAAUAUACGCAUUAGGACGAUCAGAAACUUGCAAUAUCGACGUCCUAAAUAGUGAUCUUUUCCGAUUGGACCUUACGAUGAGCGGACAAGAUUGUAAUACACAGUCAGUGACGGGGGUGUUCUCAAAUACUGUUGUCCUGCAGCACCACAGUGUUGUCAUGACCAAAGCGGACAAAAUUUACAAAGUCAAGUGCACGUAUGACAUGUCACCGAAGAACAUCACCUUUGGAAUGAUGCCAAUCAGGGAUCCAGAAAUGAUAAGUAUCACAUCCGCUCCGGAAGCUCCACCUCCAAGGAUACGCAUCUUGGACGCAAGGAAUCGGGAAGUCGAGACUGUCAGGAUUGGUGACAAACUCACCUUCCGAAUUGAGAUCCCCGAAGACACUCCAUACGGAAUAUUUGCAAGGAGUUGCGUUGCAAUGGCUAAAGAUUCAAAAAGCACGUUCCAAAUCAUCGAUGAAGAAGGUUGCCCGGUGGACCCAAGUAUCUUCCCUGCUUUCACUCCAGACGGAAAUGCGAUGCAAUCUAUUUACGAAGCUUUCAGGUUUACCGAGUCAUAUGGGGUGAUUUUCCAAUGCAACGUUAAAUACUGCCUCGGACCCUGUGAGCCGGCCGUCUGCGAAUGGGGCCGAGAGUCUGUGGAAUCUUGGGGGAGAAGGCGGAGGUCGAUAUCCGGAUCCGGAGACGGAAGUAGCGGCGGCAACGACACGGAGUCGGCCGACGACAUGACUCUCAGCCAGGAGAUCCUCGUUCUCGACUUCGGCGACGACAAACAAUCUCAGUUCCUUAAAAAUAACGAGGCAGUCUUCUCCGACUUUUCCAAAGACGAGACCGUGACGAUCGUCGAGCCGUGUCCAACGAAAACUUCCGUAAUGGCGCUCGGGGUAACUUGCGCUAUGCUCAUCCUUGUCUAUCUCAGCACACUGUCCUAUUACUACACGAAAAAGUGGAUGGUUCCGCGGAAGGUUCUCUCCUAAUGCUUAGUCUCUCCUUAGGAAAAGUUUAUUCGUAGCCAUCAUCUUUUUUGCCUCAUCGUCACCGCUUGGUAUCCAACUCUCCGCGUCAAAAGUUGGAUUUGCUCUUUGGUGCGCAAUUGUCCCUGCACAGCAGUGGGACGAUUGUUUUCAAAUCAAAUGUUCUAUUUCUUUUAGAAGAAUAUCGUCUAAAUCCCGAGUCUUUUUGAGACUUUAGGUUCACCGUGUUUACACGACAGGUAUGCUCUAAAUCCCACAAAAGAUGCACGGACAGUCAAGUUAAUCUUGAAUCGGGAUGACCUGCACUAAAAGUGAUUUUCCUAAAUAAUUCAAAUCUCGUUGUCCUUACUUCAUACCAAAGUGAUUUUAAUUAAGUCUCUAUUUCUUCCUUUUUUUUUGUAAGUACUUGUUUACUAUGAAGAGACACGUCUCAGAGAACUAGCACUCGGUCAAGGCUGACGAAUAUUUGCCUCCUCUGUCGUUUGGAAAAUGUCAUGAGGAACGAAAAAUGUCUAAUUUCUAUCGAAUUUAUGUAAUUUUUAGAGGUAAGAUGUAAUCUAUUCCUAUUUUUGUCUGAUUGACAUGCGUGAAGUAGUUGAAUUGGAAGUUCGGACCAAGGUUAUGUUCGUGGGUGUUUGCUGUGAUAAAAGUUAUGGUCUACUAGCAGUUCCUUUGGGUUAUUAUUCCUCAUUAUAUUUUAAUUAGAUGAUAUAGUUUGAGAUUUUGAGGCAAGAAUUGAUGUGUGUCAAUCUAGUGCUCGGCCAUCAACGCUUGGAUGAGAAUGGGUUUCUGCUUGAAGUGGUGCCCAUGCGUAAUCUUCAUAGUAAACAUGUAAAUAUUCACUAGUAGAAUUUGUAAGUAGACACAAAGUUUACACGUAAGUAUUUUCUAAAAUUAAAGCUGCCGCUCAUUGUAGUUAUAAGAUUCUUCCGCCUUGUUUUCAAAAAGGGAUUCGCUUAAAGACUAUUCAUUAUCUCAAAGAUUUCAAAGUGCUAUUUCACUUUGUUCACGGAAAGGUACUUAUUUGGCAAAUCUUAUAGGAUGACGUUUUAUUUCGUGAUUGUCUACUUGUGAUUCAGAACGAAUGUUUGAAUUCACUUUUUGUAGUUGUAUCAACUUUAGACGAACGCAUAUCAGACCUUUCCCACAAACAUUAUUUUUAUCUGUUUUCGUCUCAGAUGAUACGGAAAUAAUUACGAGUUGGAAAUCUACCGUUUUCAAAUUCUCCAUCACAGUACUUUUCUGUGAAUGAAUGAAGCUAGUUCUUGCGAAUCCCUUUAUAAUGUCACAGACCAGAACUUGAUUGCUAAGUUGGUUUCCCACCUAAGUUUAGGAUAAAGGAAGUUGUUUUCAUUCCCAUUCAGUAACUUUGGUGGAAUAGAAUUGAUUUCUUUGGUGGAUUUUUGCUCAGUCUGAGUCCUAACAGAUGUUCGGCAAAAGUGAAAAGCAUUAAUUGAUAGAUGGUGUUUUGAAAUCUGUCAAAUUCGAUAAAUUCAAAUGCUAUUCGAUACUCGUGUAAGUAGAUCUUUUAGCAAUCACGUAAUCCGUGACAAAUUUUAGCUGGGUACCUAUUUUAUGAGAUGCUGAAUAUAUCUGUAAAAUAGAACCAAAGAAAUGUAUGAGUAAAUUAAAUAGAAGGUGCUCCCCCUAUUAUAUGCAAUUUUACAUUAAAAAGUUGGCUGUUGUACACACUUUACACGAAUUUAUGAUCAGAGAAUUAGAGGAAAAACGUGCCAAAAGUGAUAAAUUCACUGACACUAACUGAGCAACUUAACGGAAUUAAAUCAUACAAGAAAAAAAAACGAAAAAAGCGAGGCGAGACUUCAAGAAAAGUUUUUAAAUUAUGGGAUGACAAGUGUUUGACCUAUACUGCAAUAUUUAAGACCGAGAUAGGUCAUUGUCUAGCUCCGGUCCGGUAAACCGGAAAUUCCAGUCUCACCACCAUUCGGAAAAUCCGGUUCAAUUUACCGACUGGAUUCUUGCCAUGGUCAUGGUGACAAAGUUUUGUACGAUGGACGGGUGUUAUCCGACAGAGAUAUCUCAUAUUUGAGAGAAUAGACGCAUUUAAUUAAAUUUUCUUGCUUUCAGACAUAUUUUGACUUGCUAAGUGCCAAACAGCGCAUUUCUCUAUAAGAGAAAAUGUAAUUACAACUGUCUUUUCCCUCUGUUAUAAGAAAAAAUUCAGUCCGAUAUCCAGCAUGACGUCACCAUGGCCAUUUACCUAGUUAUAUCUCAUUCUAUGGUUUCUCUACUUUGCAACAUCCUUUUGAGACAGAAACAAAGAGACCCUUCACUGGCACUUUGACAAUGGUGGAAGCUUUUACCUCCGGGAUUCCAACAUUCAACUUUUGACUUGCCUACUAGGCGGAUAGUCAACAACGUGCUGAAAAUAUAAUUUUGCUGACAAACCGAAGUUUGGGAAACCUUGACUCAUUACGCCACCCGAAGCUCAUCUUUCACCUAGUAGGUAAGAUGACUGUUACUUCCUUGCAAUUUUCCAUGAGGAAGUGUUGAAUCCCCGAAAGUAAAAGCCUCCACCUGUCGCCAAGAGAUCAGUAGAGGGUCUCUUUGUCUCUGUUUUAAGAGCGGAAACCAUCAGUAAUCCAUCAAUCUGGGGUAAUAUGGCACAAUUUGGGGGAAAACCUAGUGGAGGGAAGUAGAAUUUCUGGCUGUGAAUGCUCCCUGAGAAACCUAGUGAACAGUACUCUUGGUAGUGACAACCAUACAUCCGGAAGCUCCACUAUGAUGAAUAUUAGAUGGCGGAAUCUACAAGUAGUACUGACUUUUUGAUUUCCCUCUGGAAGCAUCCAUAGCCAGGUGAUCUGGUAUCCACCAACAGGUUUUUAUCCGUAGUCCGUAGAACUAUUUAUUUCAUUGGAGGAAGAGUGCUGCCAUGCUUGCCAUUCAUGUUCCUUUGCUUAUCUGUGUUCUCUCCUCCUAAUGAUUUGAAACUCUGUAUUGAUGGUGACAGUUGAAAAACACGUACUCCAGUGGCGAGGUUUGGAUUCCUCCGCUUUUGUUUUUCAAAUAAAAAGGAAAGGAACAUCACUGCUUGAAAAAUUUAAGAAAUAAUCCGUAUGAAAUGAGAAAAAUGCAAUGAAAAUUUCAAAAAAUAAUAUUAAUUGGUUUUCUAUCGAAAACAUAGUAUAUUACAAGGAAUUUGCAACGUCGCGAUUUGAGGUACGUGUUCUUCAAUUUCACAUCGAUAUAUUUUAUUAGUUCACAGUUCUUCGUUGAUUUUUGCCGACUGUUCUUGAGUAAACUCGCGGUUUUAGUUUGAGUCUCUGAAGAGCAAUCGUGCGUUCUGACUUACGAUGAAUCCUCAAGUCAUGUAGGGUAGUAUAAUACUACAUUUUGAACGCUACAGGGUGCGUCUAGGUAAAUAUUAAUUCAAUAAGUCAACUGUUUUUCUUUUUCCCCAAAAUAUGUAACAACUUAAUUCUGGAAAUUGAAUGAAGUUUUUCGUAAUUCCCAUCUGUCUUACUUUUAGAGAGGAACGCCAUUUUACAGGCACUCUAUUAGGCUCACCAGUUUAGCUGCUAUUCAGGUCGCACACCUAGCUGAUGAAAUAUUAAGAAGGCGGUAAAAUGGUACUGGAUUCACACCAUUUUUCGGGGUAAACAAAGCCAAACAUUUCAAAAAUGUCAAUUAAAGUAAAAAGUGUUGAGUUCUAAUGAGAACCAGGACAAGAUUAAGGGGGGAGAAAGUUCAGCUCAGGCAGUUUGCAUUGGGAUAUUAAGUUGAAGUCAAUCCGAGAGAUCUGCAUCAUUUUGGGUCUUUUUAGACCUCAUCAUUAGAUCACACUCGCCUAUGAACCCAACUUAGCAUCCCACAAAAUCCAUUACAGCAUCAAAACGCCGUCGUAAAUUUUGGACUUUGCGGGACGCUAUAAGUUGGGUUCACUGCCGACUGUAAUCUACUGAUGAGCGUUUUAGAUCCCUCGGUGAGAUCUCAACUCAAUAUUCCAAUGCAAGCUGCCGGAGCUGAACACUUUACCCCCUCGAUCUUAUACUGGUGCUCGUUAGAGCUUCACAUUUUCUACUCUAAUUGAUAUUUCUGAACUUUUUGGAUUGUUUUCCCCGUAAAAUAGUGUGGAUCCAGAGCCAAUUUACCACCUUCUUACAUUCAGUUCGGGCCACGUUUCAUAGUGUUUUUUUCUCGUAAAAUAUUAAGUGUAUAUGUUUUUUAAAAGAUAUUGAUUUAACGGCAUCCCUCCAUUUCAGGACUUUCAUCCCAACGAUAGUUUAAAUUAUUACUCAUAAGCCGAAUAAUCCUAGUUUGUAAAUAACUCAAAGUUUAGUGUUAGUAUUCUUUUCAUUAAGUCUAAUAAAAUGUGUGAUGUUCAAUUUACGAGGAUCAUUUGAACUGUGAAAAAAUUAACAUUGUUAUGUUUUAGGUAAUUUAUUUAUUUUAUUCGUUAAAUUGAUGAAGAUUCAAUGAACUGAUGCAUUCAAAUAUAUCGCAUUUUGUACAAAUUA